UAGCAUUGUUACUUAUAUAUUGUUCUUGUUAGAUUUUGCUUUUUUCAUUUGGGUGUUUACAUUAUUAAAAGAAACAAUUGCAGAUUUCGUUAUGAAGGAUCAAAUGAUAAUCGCCAAUUAUUACAAGAGAACAAGAAAUCUUUUAAUAUUUAGUGCUAUAGCUUCAACUGUUACAUUUGCAUUUUGGGUAUCAUUCUCAAGAGUACCAGAGUUGGGUUUAAUGUUUAAUACUUUUAAUAUUGAUCUAAUCUGGAAAGUAUUGUUUUUUGUGAAUCUAUUGGCAAUAAGUGGAAUAUGGAUACCAUCAAAUGAAAAAGAACAAGCCAUAAAUCAAAUAGAGGAUGAACAAAUCCUUUUGGUUAAUGAAGAAUAUUAAUAUACAAAAAAAAUAAAUAAAAAAAAACUACUGUUUUAUUUUUAAUUUU